AUAAAGUGGUGCUGCGCGGAAAAUGCCUCAGAAAUAUGGAAAUCAGCAUUAUUUAAGUAGAAAGUUUUGUGGUCAAGUACAUUAAUUUGAGAUUUUAGGUUAUAUUAUCCAACACUAAAUACAAUGACAAGGACAAACCUUACACGUAUUUAAAACCCUGGCUUCGUGAAGGAUUAUUAAUUAGCAACGGUUUGAAAUGGCACCAACGAAGAAAGAUGUUAACCCAAGCGUUCCAUUUUAACAUAUUAAAGAAAUAUGCUGUGACGUUCACGGAACAAACAGAUGAGUUUCUAAAUAAGGUUCAAGCUGAGGCUGGAAAAGAAACGAAUUUAAUUUCCCUCAUCACUAUGACUACUUUGGAGAUAAUGUGUGAAACAACAAUGGGGACAUCAAUGAACGUAGACAUAGAAACAAUGACAAGCAAAUACUUCAAAGCCAUACAUGAAAUUGGCGAAAUAUUCUUCGAUAGAACGUGUAUGGUGUGGCUCCGAAUGGAUUGGGUUUUUAAUUUAACAAAAACUGGAAAGUUAUUAAACAGAAUAGUCAAAGAUUUACAUAAAUUCACCAUGAAAAUUAUACAUGAGAGGAAAGCAUACUAUAAAAAUAAGGUAGAUGAUAGUUAUAACAAAAGGGGGCGCUUGGCAAUGUUGGAUCUUCUUCUUCAGAAUGAAAAGGACGGAAAUAUUGACAUAGAUGGUAUUCGGGAAGAGGUUGAUACGUUUCUAUUCGAGGGACACGACACUACAGCAUCGUCUCUCUGUUUUUUGAUAAUGGAAAUCGCUAAUGAUACUACAGUACAGAAUAAAAUUUACGACGAAUUAAUACAAAUAUUUGGAGACUCGAAACGCGCACCUACGAUGGACGAUUUAGCAGAAAUGAAAUAUCUAGAAUGUUGUAUCAAAGAAUCGCUUCGACUUUAUCCAAGCGUGCCGAUGAUAAGUCGAUAUAUAAGGAAAGAAAUGCAGUUUAGUAACGGCUACACCAUACCUGCGGAUACAGUCUGUAUUAUUUGUGUAUAUGACGUACACCGUUUACCCAAUAUAUACCCUGAACCAGAAAAAUUUAUACCUGAACGCUUUUUUCCGGAGAACAGUGUUGACCGCCAUCCUUUCGCCUAUAUUCCGUUUAGUGCUGGACCUAGAAAUUGUAUUGGUCAAAAAUUCGCCAUGUUGGAAAUAAAAACUUUGAUAUCCGGCCUCAUUAGGAGGUUUCACGUGGAUCCUGUUACUAAAACAACUGACAUUCGUUAUAAAUGCGAUUUGGUGCUGCGGUCGACUCAACCUCUCUACGUACGAUUUAGGAAUAGAGAAUAAAAAUAAACCUUUAAAAAAUUA